CGCCGCCGGCGCUGGGCCGGGCCUGCCCCCGCCGCGCCGCUUCUGCAGGAAAAAGUUGACUCUGGUCCAAAGAGGACUUUGAAGAGCUUCAGAGGAACUGGAGCCAACAUGAUUGAAGUGAUGAGAAACGGAAUUCGGUGUUUCACUGUAAAACACAGGCGUUGAUAUUCCGUGCCUCUGCAGAUACAAAGUGAUACAGCCUAUGCCGGGCUAUAACUGAAGUGCAAGAUGGCAAGAACCAGCCACAGCAACUAUGUCCUUCAGCAGCUAAACAACCAAAGAGAGUGGGGCUUCCUGUGCGACUGCUGUAUCGCUAUCGAUGAUAUUUAUUUUCAAGCACAUAAAGCAGUCCUUGCUGCAUGCAGCUCCUAUUUUAGGAUGUUUUUUAUGAACCAUCAGCACACUACAGCCCAGCUGAAUCUAAGCAACAUGAAGAUUAGUGCUGAGUGCUUUGAUCUUAUUUUACAGUUCAUGUAUUUAGGAAAAAUUAUGACAGCCCCCACUAAUUUUGAGCAAUUUAAAGUGGCCAUGAACUAUUUACAGCUGUAUAAUGUACCUGAAUGUCUAGAAGAUAUACAAGAUACAGACUCAUCUGGUUUAAAAUGUUCAUCUUCUGCUUCUAGCACCCAGAAUAGCAAAAUGAUAUUUGGCGUGAGAAUGUACGAAGACACGCUUGCUAGAAAUGGCAGCGAAGCAAACAGGUGGGGUAUGGAGCCGCCAAGUUCAACAGUAAAUACCACCCAUAACAAAGAGCCUGAUGAGGAAGCUUUGCAGCUAAGCAGCUUUCCUGAACAACUGUUUGAUGUCUGCAAAAAAAGCACCACGUCCAAAUUCUCUCACACAAAAGAGCGCGUGUCCCACUCGCGCCGCUUUGGAAGAAGCUUCACCUGUGACAGCUGCGGGUUCAGUUUUAGCUGUGAAAAGCUACUGGAUGAGCAUGUGUUAACGUGCACUAACAGGCAUUCCUACCAAAGUGCCAGGUACUACAGUACUGAAAAAAUAGACUUUAAUGAAAAGGACUCUACUUCUAAAGUAAUCUCCACACAAACAGACAAAUACAAGGGGGACUCAAGCCAAGUGGCGGACGAGUCUUCAUCUCCUGUGUCAAAUGUCACGAGCAGAAAAAGCAGCACGGUUGCCUCCGAAACAUCAGGUGAAGAAGGAAGUAGAGCCUCUGAGAGGAAGAGGAUUAUUAUCAAGAUGGAACCAGAGGACAAUCCUGCUGAUGAACUGAAGGAUUUUAAUAUUAUUAAGGUGACAGAUAAAGACUGCAAUGAGUCCUCCGAGAAUGAUGACCUAGAUGAUGAACAGGAAGAGCCACUUUACAGGUACUAUGUUGAGGAAGAGAUCAGAGAGAAGAGAAAUGCUCGGAGGACUUUAAAACCCCGUUUAUCCAUGGAUGAGGAUGAAAGAAAGUGUUUGAAAAGUCCACGGCACCUUAAUAGGAAGGCUCCUUCAGUGCAGGAAGAUGUGGAGAACGCUCCCUGUGAACUUUGUGGGCUAACAAUCACCGAGGAAGAUUUGUCCUCUCAUUAUUUAUCCAAACACAUAGAAAAUAUAUGUGCUUGUGGCAAGUGUGGUCAAAUACUGGUCAAAGGCAAGCAGUUACAGGAUCAUGCGCAGACCUGCGGAGAACCCCAGGAUCUGACUAUGAAUGGUAUCAGAAAUUCUGAGGAGAAAAUGGACUUAGAAGAAAACCCUGAAGAGCAGUCGGAAAUAAGGGACAUGAUGUUUGCAGAGAUGCUGGAGGACUUCAGGGACAGUCACUUCCCAAUGAACAGCCUUCAAAAAAAACAGUUAUACAAGCAUUCAGCCUGUCCCUUCCGAUGCCCUAAUUGCGGUCAGCGUUUUGAAACUGAAAACCUUGUGGUUGAGCAUAUGUCAAACUGCCUGGAGCAAGAUCUGUUCAAGAACUCCAUGAUGGAAGAGAACGAGAGGGAUCACAGACGUAAGCAUUUCUGCAAUCUUUGUGGGAAAGGAUUUUAUCAGCGUUGCCACUUGCGGGAACACUAUACCGUUCAUACCAAGGAAAAACAGUUUGUUUGUCAGACAUGUGGGAAGCAGUUCUUAAGAGAGCGCCAGUUGCGGCUCCACAAUGAUAUGCACAAAGGCAUGGCCAGGUAUGUCUGUUCCAUUUGUGAUCAAGGAAACUUCCGAAAACAUGACCAUGUACGGCAUAUGAUAUCUCACUUAUCAGCUGGAGAGACUAUAUGCCAGGUCUGCUUUCAGAUAUUCCCAAAUAAUGAGCAACUGGAGCAGCACAUGGAUGUUCAUCUGUAUACAUGUGGAGUAUGUGGAGCAAAAUUUAAUUUGAGGAAAGAUAUGAGAUCUCACUAUAAUGCCAAGCAUUUGAAAAGAACAUAAGCAUAAACAUACUGCUAAAGCAUUAAGUUGGCAGCAGAGAGAACACCAAAGCAAGGCAUACAGUAUAGUAGACAAAAAAAAAAAAAAAAAAGGAAAAAAAAAGAAAAUAGGUCUCUUUUUUUAUUAUUUUUUUUAAGACCCUCCUAACCGUAGGUGUCUAUUUAGGCUCAUUAAGUAUAUAGCUUUGAAAAGCAUCAUGUGUUUAUUACAUUUUCACUGUUUCCUAAUAUAAGUUUCUGUUCUUAAUUUUAUUGUUUUACUAAGUAGAUAUACAAAUCAUUAUUUUUAAACUGUAGAUUAAAAGCACAAUGUUACCCCUUCACUGACUGCUAUUAAACAGUUCUCGGAUCCAUUUCCGUAAGAUGAGUGCUUUAAUAUUUCCAUGUGUUGUUUCUUCAUGUGCAAAUUUUAGAUCACAGCCAUUAAUGUGCAAGAGCAUAAUUGUUCAUAAUCCCCAAAUUCAUUUUCAAAAAUGAAAAAAAAUGAUGCCAAGAAAUAAUUCUUUGCUCUCUGACUCUCUGUAAGGGCAGAGCUGGCUGUCCUGGUCCUCUGCUUCUUGGCUUUGUUGGAACGUGCAUCCCAGGCGUGAGAGCACAUAGGCCCAGUUAAACCUUGCAGACUUGGACUUGAGUGUGCAAAGGGAAAGGGAGUUAAUGACUGUCGGGAUACCCGAGUUGUUCCCAGCAGAGUGGUUGUUUUCCAGACUUGAAGUCCUAGCAGAACUGUACAACUGACGUUGGCAUUUCUUUUACUAUCUGUACCUGUGUGGGUAUAUAUAACCUGCUUAUCCUACUAUACAAGGGAAGAGUGGCUGUGGUGGAUUGCUAGGAAUGCAGAAUGGCAGUAUGCAUUGAAGACUGUGUUUUUCAGCCUAGCUGUAAAUGGUGCCUUGCUGCUUGUGUUGGGAAGUUAAAAGUGGAAUGGAUGGGUGUGAAGAUAGUCCCAUUGCUUGGGUGGGGAGGGGAAGGGGGAGUGUGGCUCAUGUGAAACUUUAGUCUUUUUGUUUCUUGUUUUCAUGAUACGUUCUGAAUGUUCUGGUUUUCAACAAGACUAUAACAAGAAAAGACUGCAGAGUUUGCUUAAUAAAUGUAAAGACAUUUUACGCCUUUUAAGAUUCCUUUCUGAUUCUAGUAUAGCCCUAAUCUCUGUAGGUUGUCUCUUAAUUGAAUUUAAAAAUCCUACUAAGUACCAGCUGACAUCAGUUCAGUGAGGCAGUUUGGCCUUUGAGAGAAUGACUGGCUUUGACUCUUAGGCACCAGCUGUCUAAAUGUUUGUUAAGUGUGUGAUUUUUAAUGGGGGGAGGAAAGGAUCCUAAUAUGUAAUGAUGGAGAAAACUAUUGAAAAAUAAAACCUUGCAGUACUUUCUCCCAGCAGAUUUCACUUUAUCAGAGAGGGUACUAAUGUUAUUUCCUAGAGGGAGGAAAGCAAUUUAGACCAGCAAUUAAGGCAGUUGGACUAGAUGAUUGUUAUAGGUCCCUUCCAACUGAAAUACUCUAUUCUGUCACCUCACACGGCAGUGGUGGGGUUGAGAAUAGGAGCCAGGAGCUGAGUCUAGUCCAGGGCUUUCAUGCACUUGUCACUGUCAGAGUUGAGUUUUGAUCCCUUGUUGUUUCUUGGGGAUUAUGAUGGGGAUUAUGAUGGGUAUUGAGCUGUAAUGUUAGGCUAUUUAGAGAAAUUAAUACAGUUCAGAAUCUCCACUGUAACUGUUUAAAUUGGUAUGAGUCACCUUGCAUUUGUUCAGUUUUAAAUGUGCAUUUGAAUUUCUCUUGGUUGGUAGAUGUGUGUGUGUGCACUGAUGCAGAAAGACCCUGCCACCAGACCUCAGUCCUGUGCCAGCAGCUGGCUCCCUGGGCAUUGACUGCUGCAGGUGCAGUUCAGGCCUUUAGCAUUUUGCCAAAACUGCUCAGUCCUGUGUUUUCAUGUAUGAGGAUGAAGCCAAUCAAGUCCUGAAUAAUCUUGGGGUCAAAAAGACCAUGGACAUGAAUGUGCUUCAGCAUUUCAGUUAAUCCAGAGCUCCCCCGCUAAGAUUUAUUCCACGUUCCCCAUCGCAACGCAGACUAAAACUCAGUGUGUAAGAGUUCAAAUAAGUGUGAUGGGUAUUUUAACGCUUUUUAGCACUAGAAUCAGUGUUAAGGUGAUUAUAAGAUCUUAAAAAGACAAAAUAUUUGAAUAUAAUGAUCAUCUUAAAGAUUAACUAGUUAAUGAAGUGCUGUAGUAGAAGAGUUUGGGGCGGGGCUAAUAAACUUCAUACAACAGUUCUGACAUGCAGGUUAUCCCUUAUGGUACCAGCUACAGCUGGAUUGGGAAAUGCUGCCAAGGGAAGUGAGGGAAAACUGGGAGGUGCUGGGGGAGUUGGCAGAAGGUUCUUGUGGCACUGGGAGAGUGGGAAGGCUGAGUGGGAGAGGAGAUCCUGAGCGGGAUGGAGUGGCAAAGUCUGGAGGGGCAGGAUUAGAGCUGUGCAAUGGGAAGCAAAUCUCAAAGGUGGCAUGGAGGAGGUGGCUGAAGGAAUGGAUGAAAUGUCCUGUAGACCAGAGUGAGAAUGACUCAGCCUGGCUGGGGGAGCUGUCAGCCCCGGCGAUUAGCUCACUAUGGCACAAACUCAGAUUGCAUAGCAAGUAUAGCCAGCCCCUGUGCUGGAAAGGCUGUGGUGGCACAGCAAAGUCUAGAUUGAAGACUUCGUUGAAAAGGAGGAGGUGACCUCUGUGAACUAAGAGAUUGUUCCUCAAUACAGUGAAGGGCUAAGGGUGAUUUAUGGAGACUCCUGCUCAGGGUCAGGAGCCCUUGUUUACAGUGUAUUAGUCUGAACUUGACCCAAAAAUGUUCCACAAAAAAGUUACUUCCUAGCAUAAGUAGACCUGCCAAAUACAGAAGUUAAAUGGCUGAACUGGGAGUGAUGGUAUUUAUGUGUACUAUCUAACUUUAUAAACACACCUGAAUACCUUUGUUUUCAAUUAUAAGCUGCGUUGUAGUAACCUUUCAAAGGAAAGUUUGUUAAACCUUUCCAAAUGAACUUGAAUUAAUGUUUUUCCUGUUCUUGUGAAACAAAACCGAGUGCCUUGGAGUUCAUGUGUAUGAAUGUCCAGUGUAGGGCUCAAAAAGAGCAUGAAUUGCACUGCAGGGAGCUUAAGAGUGGAUCUACUUGUAUGUAGGCAGAGAAAAACAGAAUGACUGAAGUAGCCUGAAAAGUGAUCAAGGGGAAUAUAGGAGAGCAAAUCAAAGGUACUAAGGCAUAAAGAGGAUAUCCUGUCUUGCAAAUAGAUGGGGAGAGUGUUUAUGGUGAGGUGUAAAACCUUGGGGGGGAACAGCAUGGGACUGUUGAAGAAAAUGCCUGGAGUUACAGAAGGAAUUUGGCUGUUGUGAAGGGGAAAAGGGGUGCAUGCUGAGGCAGCCUGGGGCUGCUCACUCCUGAGGACAGGGGUGUUCUCCCAGAAUGGGACAAUGUCUGCAGGAGAGUGAAAUGAUGGUGUUUCAGCACUCCUACCAUGAUAAGCAUUACUUGCUGUGGAGACAGAACGAAUGCAGACCUGAAAAAAAAACCCCAAAACAAUUGCAGUUACGGUAUCUUAGAAAUCUUGCUGUUACUUGAAAGAUAGUGAAGGGCAGCAAAAAAUACCACAUUCAAAAUUCUGUUUCCUCUAGCAAAUCUGUACUUCCCAGUCAUCAUAACAUAGUUCCUUUGCAUCUCCUUAGUGCGCUACGUGGUCUGUUGGGGCGUAAAAGCACUUGAUCUUUGAGAGUGGAGGUGUAAGCAUACCACAUUGCACAAGGCACAGCCAGAAAGAGAAAGACCAGCUGAAUGCUCUGACUUACAUUUUUAAGUGCUUUUUAUUCUUAUUUUUAGAGGAACCUCUCUGUGUUCUGUUGUUCUCCUCAUUUUGGCAGUGGUGUGGGGUGCAACCCUGAAAAUAAUUUAUAAAUAGCCAGUGUAGCUCUUAGCUUUCAGGGUUUACCAAAAGUUAAUACGAGGGAAUUCAUGAAGACCUGGAAUGAGCUUCAGAAUGCCACAAAAGCUGUUAAACUUAUUUCAGUUUCCCAGGAAAUGUUUCAAAUACUAAAAAAUACAUGUAUUUGUAAUGCUUAUUGGCAACUUCUGAAUUCAAAGAGUAUUUACAUUUGUGUAUAAUGAUAUUUGUAGCCAACAGGUCUGUGGAGAAAUCUUGAUUUGAAUAGAUUGGAAUAUCAGAAUUCUAUGAAUUUAUGCUUUUAUUAGAGGACUUACCUGUUUAACAGGUUAAUGGAGAAAAUAAAGUUCAGCAUACUUUUUAUUCAAAGCACUAGACAGAAUAUGUACUGCCCAAUACAUUAAAAAAAUGUUGUUAUAAAAGUAACUACACUAUUGUAUUUUACCAUCCUAGUGCUAAACUAUCAAGAGUAUCUCAGCUGCUGGUGAGGAUGUCAGUUUGCUCCUGAAGGCAGUGCCACCUUGAGCCCUGGCAGGCCCUUACUCCUUCCCCACCUCGUUUCAGGUCUCAUAGCCUGUUUGUGCCAUCCUCUCCAUUGUCAAAAAGCACAUAUUUAGGUAGCUUCACAAUGAACUGAAUCAAACAACGGGCUUUUUUUUAUUCCCUGUGAGGCUAUUUUUUGGCUGGACCAGUUCCCCGCUGUGCUUCCCUCUCCAGCUCUAUGUCAGAUUUUGUGCUAGCGCAAUAGAAGGAGUUACUUGAGGGGAGAAAUAAGUGGCUGGGAGGGGGCUCAUUUGCUUAAACCAGCUGUGCCAGCCACUCAACGCACAUCCCGAGCUUAACUUGGUCUCUGUCUC